AUGGAUGUCCCAGCAGCAGAGCAGCCUCGCUGGGUCGGGAAUCGCCUUCACCCUGCAGUUCUCAAUGGACAGCACCAUGACAGCCAUCACCCGGCACUCAGCCACUCGUAUGUGGAGCACUACUCCCAGUACCCCCUGUCCGAGGAGGUGGAUGUACUCUUCAACAUCGAUGGCCAAGGCAACCAUGUCCCCUCCUUCUAUGGCAACUCCAUGAGACCAGUCCAGAGGUACCACACGGCCACCCACCACAGUCAAGUGUGCCACACCCCAAUUCUGCACCCCUGGUUGGAUCAUAGCAAUAAGGCCAUAGGUGGAACCCAUGCAGCAUCUCCCUGGAACCUGCCUCCCUUCUCCAAGACCCACAGCCCCCCUGGACCCUUGGCUGUGUACCCCUCAGCGUCUUCUUCAUCCCUGGUCACUGGACACUCCAGUCCCCUCUUCAACUUCCCUCCAACUCCACCUAAAGAUGUCUCUCCGGACCCCUCCAUAUCCACCACUGGCUCAGGGGCCUCCAGUCGCCAGGAAGACAAGGAGUGUAUCAAGUACCAUGUGUCCACCGACUCCAUGAAACUAGAGUCCUCUCACCCUAGAUCCCUUGGGGGGGCCGCUGCUUCAGCCCACCACGCCAUCUCCAACUACCAGUCCUAUGAGUACGGCGCUGGCCUCUUCCCCCAAACAUCAUUGGGGGAUCACUACCAGCUUUCCCUGCAAGUCAAGGCCUAAAACACGAUCGAGUACAGAAGGCAGGGAGUGUGUAAAUUGUGGAGCAACCUCAACCCCUUUGUGGAGGCGAGAUGGCACUGGACAUUACCUAUGUAAUGCAUGUGGACUCUAUCACAAAAUGAACGGCCAGAAUCGGCCCCUCAUCAAACCUAAAAGAAGGCUGUCUGCAGCUAGGAGAGCAGGUACGUCUUGUGCAAACUGUCAAACUACCACCACCACAUUGUGGAGGAGAAAUGCCAAUGGCGAUCCAGUGUGUAAUGCCUGUGGGCUCUACUACAAGCUGCACAAUAUUAACAGACCCUUGACCAUGAAGAAGGAAGGAAUCCAGACAAGAAACCGGAAAAUGUCUAGCAAGUCAAAAAAGAGCAAAAAAAUCCAUGA